AUGCCCAAAGUCUUCCUGGUGAAGAGGAGGAGCCCGGGGGUCUCGGUCCGCAGCUGGGAUGAGCUCCCGGACGAGGAGAGGGCAGACACCUACAUCCCAGUGGGCCUGGGCCGUCUGCUCCACGAUCCCCCCGAGGACUGCCGCAGCGACGGCGGCAGUAGCACCGGCGGCGGCAGCAGCAGCGCGGGGGAGCCCGGAGGCGCAGAGAGCAGCUCGUCCCCGCGCGGCCCGGAGCGCGAAACCCCAGAGCCCGGCGACGGCGAGGGCCCUGAUGGACACCUGGCGGCGAAGCAGCGCCCGGUCGCCAGGUCGAAAAUCAAGUUCACCACAGGCACCUGCGGCGAUGCGGCCCUGCAUACCUGCGACCUGUGCGGCAAGGCCUUCCGUCUGCAGCGCAUGCUCAACCGGCACCUCAAGUGCCACAGCCAGGUGAAGAGGCACCUGUGCAGCUUCUGUGGCAAGGGCUUCAACGACACCUUCGACCUCAAGCGGCAUGUGCGCACGCACACAGGCAUUCGCCCCUACAAGUGUGAUGUCUGCCACAAAGCCUUCACCCAGCGCUGCUCCUUGGAGUCCCACCUGAAGAAGAUCCAUGGGGUGCAGCAGCAGUAUGCCUAUAAGCAGCGCCGGGAUAAGCUGUAUGUCUGCGAGGACUGCGGCUACACGGGCCCCACCCAGGAGGACCUGUACCUGCACGUGAAUGGUGCCCACCCGGGCAGCGCGUUCCUCAAAAAGACAUCCAAGAAACUUGCAGCUCUCUUGCAAAACAAGCUGACGUCCUCGCUCCAGGGAAAUGCCAACCUGAGCGAGGAGGAAGAGAAGUAG